AUGGCUUGGGGCUUUUGGAACAAACUUAAAAAAGGUUUCAUUAAAAUAGGAAACGGAAUUAAAAAGGGCUUGACAUGGGUGAAGGAUCAUAUAAUAAAACCAGUAGUUAAACCAUUAGUUAAUACAUUUGGUGGAGCUCUUGAUAAAGUAAAACCAGGAUUAGGGACAGCGCUUAACGCUGGCGUAAAUAUUGGCUCUGGUUUGGUUGAUGAUUGGAGUGGUUCAGGUGAUGGUUCAACUACUCGCAAAGCAAUGCAAGACGUUGGCUGUUGGGUUAAUCGUCGACUUAAUAAAUAA